GAAAGCGCUUGCUGAUUGCGAUAUUUCAGGAACGCGCAUCCAAGCAGGCACUAACAUAAUUAUUAACGUUGCUCGAAUGAAUAAACACCCAAAGUGGUUUGAAGAUCCUUUAAAUUUUAAUCCUCAGCGAUUUCAACAGAACGAAAAUUUGGUUGCUCUCUCUGCUACAAUGGGAGGGAAAGGACCAAGAUCAUGUGUUGGCCAACAUCUGGCGAUGAUUGAAAUGAAACCCAUUCUUCGGGAGCUUAUUACUGCAUUUAAAUUUACACGAGAAAAAGGCGCCAAGCCAUUUAUAGAAACAAAAGCCAAAUGGGAUAUCGCCUUGCAACCAGUUGUCAGAGAAUUACUUACGGUUCUACCACGGAAAAAUAUCGUGCUCGUUGGAGCACAUAGCGUUGGAAAAUCGACUUUAUCCAGAUUAAUUCGAAGUCGUAUAAAUGCGGUUUUGAUUGACGAGACCGCAAGAACGGUUAUGAAACAAUUAAACAUGAACGUGGAUCUAAUUAAAAAUGAUCCGGAAAAGUCUUUAAAUCUACAAGCUUCAAUCAUUAAACUCCAAUGUGAAAGGGAAGAAAAAUUCAAGCAUCAAUGCGCGAUAUAUGAUCGAUCCGCGCUGGAUGCUCUCGCAUACGCAAAAUCGUUUGGCGGAAAACAAUGGGAGAGUCUAUUAGAAAUGCCGGAAACAAAUCAAUGCAUCGAACGGUACAGGCAAGAGGAUAAAUAUUUAGUUUUUAUAAUCGAACCGCAUAUGGAAUGCUUGAAAGAUGAUGGAAUUCGAAUGAUGUCAAAUAGUUACCAAGAAUGGAAAACGUUCUCUGAGAGUUUCAAAAGUUUAAUGAACGAUUUUAAAAUAAAUUAUCGAAUUAUAAAUGAUCCAGACAUGGAACAACGUUUUUCAAUAGUAUUCCAAGCACUAUUUG